UCUCUACCGGGGAGCCCUUUGCCAUAAUCUCCAACCCCAUUUCCUCACAAACCAAAAAAUUGAAACCACCCAACUUCUUCUUUUGCUACCCAAAUUAGGGUUUUUGCUUCUCCAGAUCUGAUCCCAAUGCUAAUUCUUGUCUGAUCGAUUCGAAAAGCCGCGAUCUUGGUUCCGUUCGUGGCUCUGAUCCUUCACAAUCUUGAAAACUCAAUCGGAAAUAUUCUCGUCUGGGUUUUCUGAGUCCCAUUUUCGUUUUGGGGUUUCUUUCAUGUUCUGCUCUCAAUUUCAAGCUUUCCAAACCUCAGGUUGUUGUUGAAAUUUAGAUCUUGAAAAUUGGCUCCUCAAAGGAGGUCGCAGCGCCACAUGGGUGGGCAGAUGCAGCAGAGCAAUGCCGCCGCGGCAACUGCUCUGUAUGACCACCCUGCCGGCAAUGCGGGUCCCACAAACGAUGCCGGCGACGCUGUCAUGGCCCGGUGGCUCCAGUCCGCCGGCCUCCAGCAUCUGGCCUCUCCAUUGGCUUCCACCGCCAUUGAUAACCGGCUCCUCCCUAACCUUCUCAUGCAGGGUUAUGGAGCGCAGUCUGCUGAAGAGAAGCAGAGGCUUUUGAAAUUAAUGAGGAACCUUAAUUUCAAUGGGGAAUCUGGUUCAGAGCCGUACACUCCAACUGCACAGACAUCCGGAGGGGCUCCACCAGAGGGUUUUUACUCUCCGGAGUUCAGGGGGGAUUUCGGAGCUGGGCUGUUGGAUCUUCAUGCAAUGGAUGAUACAGAGCUUCUGUCUGAGCAUGUUAUGUCCGAAUCUUUUGAGCCUUCGCCCUUUAUACCUGGUGGUAUGAAAACUUUUGAAGAUGAAUUGACUUUGACAAGUGGUGGACAGCAAAGUGUGCUACCUGAUCAAGAUGCAUCAGUUCCAUUAGUGCAGAACGAAAAGGAGAGCACAAGGGAAAACAACGUGGCCAAAAUAAAAGUUGUGGUACGGAAGAGACCUUUAAACAAGAAGGAACUUUCCCGGAAGGAGGAUGAUAUUGUCACUGUGUAUGACAAAUCUUAUUUGACAGUUCAUGAACCUAAAGUGAAGGUAGACUUGACUGCAUAUGUGGAGAAACAUGAAUUCUGUUUUGAUGCGGUUCUUGAUGAGCAUGUUCGCAAUGAUGAGGUAUAUUGGGCUACUGUAGAACCAAUUAUUCCCCUCAUUUUUGAACGAACAAAGGCUACAUGUUUUGCUUAUGGUCAGACAGGUAGUGGCAAGACAUUCACAAUGCAACCGUUACCUAUCAGAGCUGCAGAAGAUCUUGUCAGACUGUUACACCAGCCAGUUUACCGUAACCAGAGAUUCAAAUUAUGGCUUAGCUAUUUUGAGAUCUAUGGCGGAAAGCUCUUUGAUCUUCUCAGUGAGAGGAAGAAACUUUUAAUGAGAGAAGAUGGACGGCAGCAAGUUUGCAUUGUUGGACUGCAAGAGUUUGAAGUGUCGGAUGUACAGAUUGUUAAAGAAUAUAUUGAGAGGGGGAAUGCUACGAGGAGUACUGGCUCAACUGGUGCUAAUGAGGAGUCUUCUAGGUCACAUGCUAUUUUACAACUAGUGGUUAAAAAACACACUGAGGUAAAAGAUUCCAGGGGGCGGAUCAACAUUGAUGUAAAUGAACCCAGAAGUGGGAAGGUUGUAGGAAAGAUUUCUUUUAUUGAUCUUGCUGGUAGUGAAAGAGGUGCUGACACCACUGAUAAUGACCGGCAAACAAGAAUUGAGGGAGCAGAAAUCAACAAGAGCCUUUUGGCUCUAAAGGAGUGCAUUCGUGCUCUGGACAAUGACCAGAUCCAUAUACCAUUUCGAGGAAGCAAGCUCACAGAAGUUCUCCGUGACUCAUUCGUUGGAAAUUCAAGGACGGUAAUGAUAUCUUGUAUAUCUCCAAAUGCAGGGUCAUGCGAGCAUACACUUAAUACUUUGAGAUAUGCUGAUCGGGUCAAAAGUCUUUCAAAAGGUGGCAAUUCUAGGAAGGAUCAACCUGUAAAUUCAUUUCCUCCUCCUAAUAAGGAUAUAUCAUCAUCAUCAUCCACUCUAGCUUCUGCUGGUGUAGAGGAUAUCCAUGAACAACGCCCAGAAGGUAAAAAAACUGAUACAGGUAGACGAGCUAUGGAAAAAGAUAGUUUUUCAUAUAUCCAUGAGCAACGUCAGGAAGUUAAAACAACUGAUACGAGCAGAAGAGCUGCAGAAAAAGAAAGUGUCUCAUAUAUCCCUACUCCUGAUUUUGAGAAGCAUCCUGCAAAUUCAUCGAGUAAUCCCAUCAAUAUAAGAGAAGAAAAAGGGAUGAAUUCAAGUUCAAUAGAUAGGGAGAGCUUUGAAGGGAAUAAUUCUUAUAGUGAUUCUUACAGUCAGAAAAUGUCAUAUCACUCUCAAAAUUCAGUUGAAACAGAAGAGAAGGUCCAAAAGGUAUCACCACCCCGCCGGAAAUAUACUAAGGAUGAAAAAUCAGAAAAGUUGGGCAACUGGCUGAAGAAGGGAGGUGGUUCUGAUCUUCCCACCACCAGCUCUAAGCUGCCAAGCAUUGGUACUUUUAACACAAGUAAUGUUGGAGCUAGACAGUCUGAGCCUGAAGUUCCUGAUGGGAAUAUCAAUGCAAUUCUUGAGGAAGAAGAGGCCCUAAUUGCUGCCCACAGAAAAGAAAUUGAGGAUACAAUGGAAAUAGUUCGUGAAGAAAUGAAACUGUUGGCAGAAGUGGACCGACCAGGAAGCCUCAUAGACAACUAUGUGACUCAGUUGAGCUUCGUGCUUUCUCGCAAGGCAGCCAGUCUGGUCAGUCUCCAAGCACGCCUUGCAAGGUUCCAGCAUAGACUAAAAGAACAGGAAAUUCUAAGUCGGAAACGAGUACCUCGUUAAGGCAGAGGAAUGCACUGCGUUUUGCUGCUCUAAUGGUGGCAACUACACUUGUAGUUACGUUACGGCAUGAGCUGUGGGAGAAGAUUUGAGGGGGUCGCUGAGUCCCUCCUGGCUGUUCACAAUUUAGACUUCUGGCCUAAAAAGACAAGAAUGUGAAAAUCAUGUCUAUUGCCAAUGCUUGUAUCUCAUUGUUAUUCGUUAGAUAAGUCGAUGUGUUCAUGCUGGGUUUUCAUGGGUUGUGGGCUUGUGGCUUUUGGCUGUUGUGUAAUGGUGACCGGGAUUUGAAAUUUCCAACAAUGUAUUUUUAGUAAAGAAAAAAAAAAGAAUGUUCAUUGCU